AUGCUCCGACGUUACCGAAGAGCUCUUCGGGACGUAGCUCCCCUACUUGCGCUCGCAUUCUUUGUAUACAGCGUCUAUUAUUUCAUUAUUUGGGCCGGUCGCACUCUGGAGGCCCGGUGUAUGGAAAAUGGCCAUUGCGAGAGAGUCAAUCUGCGCUGCCCAGAAAAAGCGUCACGAGCCAUUUGCUCUUCGGACAAGAAUUUCUUCCUCGCGGUGGGCACCUACGAAGGCAGCGCAACACGCCGACGAUGCCGCGAUUUCUGGCCCGAGAAGAUCCCACUCGACGCAUUCAACCACGUUAACUUCGCCUCCGCGAUCAUCAGCCCGGAUACGUACGAAGUGCUUCCGGCACAUGAUCGGGACAUUGAUCUCUACGCACGACUGAUUCGCCACCUGGGUUACCAGAAUGAUACGAAAGUCCUGAUCACUCUGCGAGAUCAACAGAAGCUCAACUCUACUGGGCUCAUGUCGAGUAUCUUCUCCGAGCUGGCUGCCUCUCCUCAGACGAAGCAGAGGAAAUUCCUUUCAUCUUUGAUAUCGUUCAUGACUACGCAUGGUUUUAACGGCAUCAACCUAGACCUGGACCUCGACUUCGACACCCAGGAUGAAAAGCAACAACCGGACUAUACAAACCUUUCCAGAUUUGUGGCGAACCUGAACAUCGCACUUAGCAAGAUGGCCGGACCCGAUGAGUUAUCGAUUAGUUUCCCGGCCUCGGAGGCAUACUUGCGGCGGUUUGACCUCAAGGCGCUGCAUCGAUACGUAUCGUAUAUCAAUCUCAAGCCGUACGACGGGGGCGCUGCACGAGGGAGCCGUCCAGUUGCAAAUGCCGGGGUGAAUACCGCCGAGAUCACGAGUAUUCUGGAGCAUCUAAACUGCCAAGAUGUGAACCCGAACCGCAUCGUCUGGGGGAUGCCGUUCCGCGGCCACUCGUAUACAAUGGCUGACGGAUGCCGUUCGACAGACUGCGCGAUCCUAUCUCCCGGAUUAGCGGGACAUUGCAGUCAAGAGGCCGGCGUCCUCCUGAACAGCGAGAUCGUUGGCAUUAUGCAAGCGAAUGUUGUGAAGCCGCAGCGUGUCGGGAACGGUGCAGCGAAAUAUCUCAGCUGGGACAAUCAGUUGGUAACGUACUAUGAUAAUGAAACAAUCAAUCUCCAGGUCGAGUUCGCCCGCCGUCAAUACCUCGCAGGGCUGAUGGUUUCGACUGUCAGCGAUGAUGUCCACGAUGCCAGCUUUACUAAGCAGUUUGCAGACGCUUGUCGGCGUCCGGCAUGGAUACAAAGGUCUGCUAUGAUAGCGGAUAUGUUAAAAGAUGACAGGCUACUCAGGAUGAAUUGAUUGAAUUGCUUGGUAUUAAGAUGCUUGCCGUUCUAUGGAGAUUAGGGCAGCCAUACUGCAUAGCCCUAGGGACCGGAGGUCUAACAAAAGACUCGUCGGAUUAAGAUGACCAAUUCAAGCUACU